UAACAUACGAAAAUAUAUAUGAAUCGGUAAAUCUUGAUAGGAAUCAAUACGACAGGAAGGAAAUCUAUUUAUUAAUACUCAUUCUAAACAUGAAAGCCGAAUUUGCUUUAAAGUUUUAAUAUUUCUUCAAUAAAGAUGAAAGGAACUUAUUUGAAUUAAACUUCUUUAAACUAACGGAAGAUCAAAAGUAUCGAUUAAAAUGUAUUUAUCCAGUAAAUGCCACAUCUACCGGUAAAUAAAUAUUACAUAUUGCAUCAAAAGGUGACUAAAUUGGAAAACAAAGAAACAUGUCUUAACUAAUUAAAAUCCAACAUAAAAUAUGCUGUAUAUAUAGACAGAAAAUAUAAGCUCGUUACAGAGCUAGUUUACACUUGUGUUAAUUAUUUAGGAGGAAAAUCACUGUCAUGCAGAUUAUACUGUACAGUACGAUUUAUCUUUUCUUGGCUUUAAACUUAAAUGAUGAAGUUGCUUCCAAGCCAGGAAAAAUGUCUAACAAGGCGUUAGAUUUUCUAGUAUCUAAAUGGAAAUUAUUGUACACGUGGUUUGAUAUUAAUGAGGAUGGUAAAGUCGACUUUAGCGAUGGCGAUCUGCAAAGGUCAAGGUUUAGCAACUUAAAUCAUCUAAGUGAUGCCGAAAAAAAGACAAUUCUGAAUCAGUUUGGAAAAUGGUGGACUGAAUGUGUUCUCUUUGGAAAAUCUGAACUGACCGAAUCUGAUUUCAUAGAGGGGAUGAGCAACAAAUGGGAGACAGAUAAAAAGGUGUUUAGAAAGAUGAUGUAUACGUGCAAUAAUAUGAUUGGUAACAUUGUUGAUACUAACAAUGAUGGAAGUAUCACAAAGGAAGAAUUUGAGGUCAUUUUGAAGACUGGCGGUCACAAUAACAGCCCAUUGGAUGAAAAGUUCUUCGAGGACUACCAUCCAAUUGACGACAAGGUUCCAAUAUCGGUGAUGACUGAUUCAUGGGUAACACUUUUGACGUUGGAGGACAGCACUAAACCGGAUCUCGUUAAAUCUGCGAUUGAAUUCGGAGUCUAAUGAUCCGGAAGCUGAAAAAUAAGAAGCGAAUAAUUAUAAUUAAGUUAAAUGUGGAUCGAGUUUUCUCAAUUUCUAAAACAAGGACACCAAGAUACCUUCUUAAAGUUGAAACACUUAUCAUUGUGAACUUAUCAAUAGUUGCAAGUACAUGUAAAACAAUGUUAAGUCAAUGAAGGUAAAUGAUACCAACAAAAAUAAUAAACACAUUAUAUUUAAGCUCAGUAACUUAUUGAUUAUAUCGUUAUCAGUUUGAUAGUUUCUUUUUUCAUUUUUUUUCCAUAACUCACGAAGACACUGAUUUCAUGAAAUAUUUAAUGCUGUUCGAAUAUGGAACCAAAAUAAAGUUUGCCAGACAUUUCACUUUUGCCACUCGAAAUUUA